AUGUUGACUCCCUCCUACACUAUCACGCUCCUCAGCGUUCUACAAUCCGCACAUGCCUUCACUCCGUCCCUCGGCUGUGGAAUAGCACUAAGGCCGACCAUCAAGAAAGGCGGUACCGGCCAGAGCAACACUGUCUCCAUCACAUCAAGCGGCAUCGCACGGCCCUUCUUGCUACACAUACCCACAGCCUACAGCACAACCGCCGCACAAGGUAUCAUCUUCUCCUUCUCCGGCCGAGGCAAGACUGCAUCCCAGCAAGAGCAGCUGAGCGAGUUUUCACAGCCAUGGUUGAAUCCAGACAUGUUGGCAGUGUAUCCUAGCGGUAUCGGCAACCAAUGGCAGGGUGAUCCGGAGGCGACGACGAACGAUGUUCAAUUCACCCUCGACAUGAUCACGUAUGUCUCGAACAACUACUGCAUCGACUCCGAUGCCAUCUACAUGACCGAAAAGAGCAACGGCGGCGGCUUCUCCGCCAAUAUUGCAGCCUGUGAUCCAGUACUGAGCACGAAGAUUGCUGCUUUUGCUAGUGCAAGUGGUGCAUAUUACCAAGCCGCCAACCCGGAUGGCUCCUGUCCUCCAGCCGACACAAUCCCGAUCCCCUGCAACCCUGGCCGCACCCCCACCCCCCUCCUCGAAACCCACGGCUCCGCCGACUCCACAAUCCCCUACAACGGCGGUCCCCGCCGCACCGAAUGCCUCCCACCAUCCCACGCUUCAUCCAAAACUGGGCCUCCGUCGACGGCUACAACCUCUCUGCAAACGUAA